UUGGCCUUUGUUGUUUCAGAUGGUGAAAUACAGGCUAAGAUCAGGGGCUUUUCUCCAGCUGAGGAGCAUCCAGGACAAGAUCCUGGGCAGACUCCCUGCCACCUGGGUGAGGACACUGCCCAAGUUCCUGCUAGUGCUGAAGCUGGUGAAUGGGAAGACAGGUUACAAAGAAAGCAGAAAAAUGCCACAGGGAGCAGGAGGCAUAUUUGUCAUGAAUGUGGAAAGAGUUUUGCUCAACGUUCAGGUCUGACCAAACACAGGAGGAUCCAUACUGGAGAGAAACCCUAUGAGUGUGAGGAAUGUGGGAAGACCUUCAUCAGGAGCUCUGCCCUAGUCAUUCACCAGAGAAUCCACACAGGAGAGAAGCCAUAUGAGUGUGAAGAGUGUGGAAAGGUCUUCAGUCACAGCUCAGACCUUAUGAAACACCAGAGAAUACACAUGGGAGAGAAGCCCUAUGAGUGUGAGGACUGUGGGAAAACCUUCAGCCAGGGUUGUAGCCUCCUUGAACAUCACAGAAUUCAUACUGGGGAGAAGCCAUACCAGUGCACCAUGUGUGGCAAAGCCUUUAGGUGGAGUUCCCAUCUCCAGAGACACCAGAGGAUCCAUGGUGAUAGAAAUGAUGCUGGAAAGUCCUGGAUAGGUAGGGCCAAGAUGGAAAGCCAGUCAGAAAAUGCUGAAACUUCUGUAUCUUAUAAAUGUAAUGAGUGUGAGAGAAGUUUUACUUAAAACAGAAGUCUUAUUGAACAUCAGAAAAUCCACACUGGGAAGAAACCUUAUCAGUGUGAUGCAUGUGGAAAAGGCUUCACCCAAACUUCAUACCUCAUUCAACAUCACAGGAGCCAUGUAGGCAAAAAAAAUUCUGUCACAGUGACCCAUUGGAUGCAUAGCAAAUUUGGUACUCAUUUGUCAUUGUAUUGAAAUCCGCUGGAGCUUUGCUGGCUACAGAAGUUGUCAGUGGGAUUUUGUAGGGAAUGGAAGGGGACAUUACCAGGACCUCUACUAAGGGUCCUGGCCUGUGAGCCACCCACAGCACAAAGCAAAUUCAAGAACAGACAGGAAAUGAGACUUAGAG